AGGGCUGAGACCUGCAGCAUCAGCAGCAUCAGCAGCAUCAUCAUCAUCAGCAGCAGCAGCAGCAGCUUCUGUAAGGUAGACUGACCUGCAUCACACUUUGAAAGAUGUCUGAUGAUAUCCAGUUCAAGGAGCUUGACAAGCGUGCAUCUGGCCAGGCCUUUGAGGUUAUCCUGGGUGCUCCUGACCCUGACGCCAAGGGAGAGUUCCCUCUGUCUGCCCCCAAGAAGAAGGACGUCUCACUGGAGGAGAUUCAGAGGAAGCUCGAUGCUGCAGAGGAGAGACGCAAGAACCAUGAAGCCGAGGUCUUGAAGCACUUAGCUGAGAAGCGUGAGCAUGAAAAGGAAGUGCUACAGAAAGCCAUGGAGGAGAACAACAACUUCAGCAAGAUGGCUGAAGAGAAGCUCAACCAGAAGAUGGAGGCCAACAAAGAGAACCGCACGGCACUCAUGGCAGCGAUGAAUGAGAAAUUCAAAGAGAAGGACAAGAAGCUUGAGGAGGUCCGCAAGAACAAAGAAGUCAAAGACCCCAACUCAGAAGAAGGCACCUCGGAAGACUGAAGGUUAGAACAGGGGCUCGUGUACAGGGUUUUUUAUGUAUCCAAAGAUUGAGUUUUGUUUUUGUUGUUAGUUUGGUCACUACUCACCUUUUUGAACCACUUUUUCAAUCCUCCUGCUCUUCAGUGUCCUCGCGCUCACUAUACAUUAGAUGCUAGAUCAUUUCCUGUAGCUUUUUUGAAAACUAGCGGCGUAUCGUAUCCUUGUUGAAGCAUGUUUCUCUUAAUCCCUGUCUGCUGUGAACCACACUGUGGUUCUGGUCCAGGUGCGGGACCGCUCCUUUACUCCUGCAGCUCGUGUUUUGUGUCACUGCUGAUUUGCUUUUGUUAAAAAAAGACAAAAAAAGCUGUAGAACUGUGAAUGAUCGUGGGAUGCCAUCAUGCAAACGACUGAAUAGGUGGAGUCCACCCUUGGAAAGAGCAAUACACUCUGGCAUCUCAGUAGAUACAGUGUUUACUUGACUCAAACUGUUGUACUAAAACAAAUAAAACAAAUGUAAAGUCUC